CCGCCACUUAGAAGCAGGCUAGCAGUAGCUAUUAGGAUAGCGCUCUGAUGAGAGGAAGAGGAAGCUGGGUGGAGUGAGAUCGACAAGAUACCUGCAGUAGCUAGAGAGAGCACUGCUACCAGCAGCAAAGGUAGCAAUGGCGGUGGCCGAGGGGAGCCUGGCCGUGGAGGACGGCACCGGCGGGAAGGGAGGCGCGGCGGCGGAGUACACGCGGGACGGGUCGGUGGACCUCCGCGGCAACCCCGUGCUCCGGUCCAAGAGGGGCGGCUGGACGGCCUGCUCCUUCAUCGUGGUGUACGAGCUGUUCGAGCGGAUGGCCUACUACGGGAUCGCGUCGAACCUGGUGAUCUACCUGACGGAGAAGCUGCACCAGGGCACGGUGGAGGCGUCCAACAACGUCACCAACUGGUCCGGCACCGUCUUCCUCACGCCCCUGCUCGGCGCCUACGUCGCCGACGCUUACCUCGGCCGAUACUGGACAUUCGUCGUCGGCUCCGUCAUCUACUUCAUGGGGAUGGUGCUGCUAACGCUGUCCGUGACGGUGGAAGCUCUGAAGCCGCCGUCGUGCGACGGCAAGGUCUGCCCGCCGCCGUCGGCGCUGCAGGUGGGCGUCUACUUCGGCGGCCUGUACAUCAUCGCCUUCGGCAAUGGUGGGACCAAGCCCAACAUCUCGACGAUCGGCGCGGACCAGUUCGACGACUUCGACCCCCGCGAGAGGUCCCACAAGCUCUCCUUCUUCAACUGGUGGAUGUUCACCAUCUUCGUCGGCAUCCUCUUCUCCUCCACGGUCCUCGUCUACCUCCAGGACAACGUCAGCUGGUCCGUCGGCUACGGCAUCCCCACCCUCGGCCUCAUCGCCUCCAUCUGCAUCUUCCUCGCCGGCACGCCCGUGUACCGCCACAAGGUGCCGCAGGGCAGCGCGUUCACGCGCAUGGGCAAGGUGAUCGCCGCCGCGCUCCGCAAGUGGCGUGUCCCCGUGCCGGCCGACGCCAAGGAGCUGCACGAGCUGGAGCUCGAGGCGUACACGAAGAAGCGCAAGUUCAGGAUGGACUCCACCAACGCCAUGGGAUUCCUCAACAAGGCCGCCGUGAAUGACCCGUCGUCGGCGAAGUGGAGCCUGUGCACGGUGACGCAGGUGGAGGAGACGAAGCAGAUCGUGAAGCUGAUCCCGAUACUCGUGACCAUGUUCGUGCCGUGCACGCUGAUCGCGCAGACCAACACCCUGUUCGUGAAGCAGGGCACGACCAUGGACCGGCACAUGGGCACCGGCACCUUCCAGAUCCCGCCGGCCAGCCUCGGCGCGUUCGUCACGCUCACCAUGCUCAUCGCCGUCCCCCUCUACGAUCGGGUCUUCGUCAAGGCCGUGCGGAGGUACACCAGGAACCCGAGAGGAAUCAGCAUCCUGACGAGGAUGGGCAUCGGGCUGGCGGUCCAGGUGCUGACGAUGGCAACGGCGUCCGUGAUCGAGAGCCGGCGGCUGAGCUACGCGCGGAGCCACGGGCUUGACGCGACGGACGCGCCGCUGCCGCUCACCAUCUUCGUGCUGCUGCCGCAGUUCGUGCUGAUGGGCCUCGCGGACGCGUUCCUGGUGGUGGGCAAGAUCGAGUUCUUCUACGACCAGGCACCCGAGAGCAUGAAGAGCCUCGGCACCGCGCUCUCGCUCACCGCGUACGGCGUCGGCAACGUCUUCAGCAGCUUCCUCCUGUCGCUGGUGUCGCGGGUGACGCGCGAGAGGGGAAACCCGUGGGUCACCAACAACCUCAACGCCUCCCACCUCGACUACUACUACGCGUUCCUCACGGUGCUCGCCGCCGCCAACUUCCUGGUUUUCGCCGCGCUCGCCCGAAGGUACCGGUACAGGGUGGAGUCCACGGAGACGAUCGAUGUCGACAUGGACGUGAAGAAGGUGCAGCGGGAGGCAGACGAGAAGAUUCACUUGGAGCCGAUAGUGGCUUGACCGACCUGAUUUAAUUGACCGGCUAAACUCUGUAUACUAAAACAGUGCACAAUUAAUGUUUAGUCCUACAAGAUUAUUGCAGCUUAAGGUAUACUACAAGAUCUUUUUGCUA